AUGCCUGGAGAAACAUUCGGCACGUCGUUCCAACAUGGCCUGGCUUUUGAGACAUGGAUACUCUAUGGAAUAUCAAUAUUCCUAAUUCUUCUCCGAACCGUCGCACGAUGGCGACGUGUUCGAAGUCCUUCCCAGUUUGCAGCAGAUGACUGGGUCAUGAUAACGGCCGUUCCACUAUUCUAUACAGGAUUAGUUGUCUGCCUGAACGCCACCGCAUCUGGUGGUGGAAGCAAUCUCUAUCCACCAGAACAGUUGCCUGGGUUUACGCAGGAAGAGAUCAACGAUCGGAUCGAAGGGUCUAAAAUUGUUGUCGUCUCUGAGCAGUGCAUGCUCAAUCUGAUUUGGACGCUCAAAGCAUGCAUGCUUCUCAUGCUUGCUCGCAUGACAACAGGUACAAUACAUCUCAAGCUGAUCCGAAUUGUGGCAGUAUAUACCAUCGUUGGGUGGGUUGCCGUCCAGAUUACCUUUUUUGCCGCAUGUCAACCCUUCAAAGGAUAUUGGGCCAUGCCUCCACCAAACUCCCAAUGUACUACAUUGGAGCACUACGCAUACGUUCAGGCUUCGUUCAACAUCACCAGCGAUCUCCUGAUUAUAGCCGUACCUCUUCCCAUGGUCAUGGCCCUGAAGCUUCCAAUAAAACAAAAGAUAGGACUGGGUCUUCUGUUCAGUAUGGGCACCUUUGUGAUCAUCGCAGCUAUCCUGACAAAGUACUAUAAUCUUUCCGACAUAUACUCCACGGUAUACAUGUUUUGGUAUACAAGGGAAGCAUCUGUCGCAAUAUGGGUUAGCAAUCUUCCAGGUAUCUGGCCACUUAUGCGAGAACACAUACGAUUCUUGCGCGAGCGUACCGGAUCAUACGUUAAUAGCAGCAAUCGAUUGCCUCAGUACGCGUUCGGUUCAAGUUACGGAAACACAUCGAAAGGGCGGCGCAGUCACAUACGAACGGGGAACUUCCAGAACAUCCCCUCUGCUACCGAUAUCGAGAUGGGUGCCACCGUUACAAGGCCAGGUGUGCGAUCGCUACACUUUUCCGAGAAGCCCGGGAGCCAUAUCUCAGAAGCAUCGAGUAGGGUGAGUGUAGACAGCGAUGAGAGGGCGUUGAACCAAGCCAGUUACUGGAAGAACAUGCAUGUAUUGGAAGUACAAGUGGAUACGAAGGUCGAGAUCCAACGAGACAAUUGGGAUGGAGAGAAGAUGGAAAUAACCACGCAUGUUGAAGGACCCGAGGGUGAGGCGAGACAGUCAAGAUGA